AUGCCCACGGAGCAGAAAUUAAAGAUAGCUGUAUCGCUCUACCUCGACACAGUGCACGAUUUAUCGAAGGAGCUUGAACAUGCUACCAAGGUGAAUUGCUGUUCCGUGACCAUUCCCAUCGUGCACUGGAACUACGAUCGCGAAUUUGUGCGGGAACCGCUUCGUUCGAAGCACAGCCAGUUCACUCGAUCGGAUUUGCUGCUGUCGUCCUCUCAGUGGCUGAACAAAGUGAUCUGUCGCAUCGGGAAUAACGUGCAUUUGGACUCACCCAUUGAUCACAUCCGUCGCCAAGCGGAACGAACGGUUCGGCAAGAGCUAUCGUUCGCUGAACAUCUGGUACAGCAAGGGUACCUGUACACCAAACUGACGGGAUCAAACUGCGCCAACUUAGCCAGAACGGUCGCCUGCAAUAUGUCGAAGGGAACGCUGCUCAUUGAAGUUCCCAUGUCCAAUCCAAAGCUUACACAAAACGGCUGGCGGCGAGACGUGGAAGAGGAGCAGACGGUAGAAAACCCUUGGAACUGGUGGAACACGUUCCGUAUGCACGCGGACUAUAACCCGGCUGUUAAAAUAGCCCUAGAACUGACGGCGGACGUACCGAAAAAGGAUGAAAUCUAUCGUUGGUUAGGCGAACCGAUCGAUGCUCUGGUGCUGCCGGCUAACAUUUUUCUCACAAACGCCAACAAUUAUCCUGUCCUUUCGAAGGCUCACCAGUCGAUGCUGACUUUAUUGUAUCGGACGUUCUCCUGCCACUUCAUUCUGAAAGCAAACCCAUCGGAUGGGCAUGUUGCACAUUACGUGGACUACAUCAAGCACAUCCUGAGGAGCAAUCACGUGCAGGAUCCAUUGCUGGGGUAUGACGAUAUCCUCCAAAUACCCUUGCAGCCACUGUACGACAAUCUCGACAGCUUGACGUACGAGGUGUUCGAAAAGGACCCGGUUAAGUACAUCUACUACCAAAAAGCUAUCGAACAAGCCUUGAUCGAUCGCGUGCCGGAGAGCGAACGCGAAACGAUGACGUCGAUCAUCAUGGUGGUCGGAGGCGGACGAGGACCUCUCGUGCGUGCUGCACUAAAUGCCUCCAAGACCACGAACCGUGCCGUAAAGGUGUACGUGAUCGAAAAAAAUCCGAACGCGAUAGUCACGCUGACGGCACACAUCAACGAGCUGUGGAGCGAUCGGAACGUGGAACUCAUCAGCACGGACAUGCGCGACUUUAAUCCACCGGAAAAAGCGGACAUUUUGGUGUCCGAGCUGUUGGGUUCGUUCGGAGACAACGAGCUGUCGCCCGAAUGCCUUGACGGUGCGCAGAAGCACCUGAAAGACAACGGUAUUAGCAUUCCCUGCAAAUCUACCUCCUACAUUAAUCCAUGCUUCGCGUCGAAGGUGUACAAUCAGGUGCGCAUGUUAGAACGAAGUCCGCACUGCAAGGAUCGCAUAAUAUCCUCGCGUACGAUGGAGCAAACGUACGUGGCGUACCAGAAGAAUGCGUACCACAUCGAUAACCCGCAGACUCUGUUCGAGUUCGAGCAUCCGAACCGGGACAGCGAUCCGAUUGACAAUAACCGCUACAAGACGGUUCGGUUCCAAGCUUCGCUUGAUUGCGCGCUGAACGGGUUUACGGGAUACUUCGAUACGGUGCUGUAUAAGGACGUCAAGCUCAGCAUCCAUCCUUUUACCCAUACGAAAGGGUUGGCCUCCUGGUUCUCGAUGUUCAUCCCACUCACGGAGCCGGUGCAGCUGAAGGAAGGCGACGACAUUACGGUGCACUUCUGGCGUUGCGUUGCGUCGCACAAGGUUUGGUACGAAUGGAGUCUCAGCUCGCCAGUGGUCACGCACGUGCACAACAUCGAUGGGCGCGGGCAACCGAUUUGGCAAUAAAGCCUUACUACCUCUCAAAUACUUUGUAACGGGUUUCCGAAUGCUUCUAAGAAGCCGAAUC